GGAAAGAUUAGAGAAAGGGAAAGAUACUGAUGAUGUAACACCAUUCAACAGGUGAGUGGAGGAGGAGAGAGGGCAUGACAGUAUACCCUGGCUGCCUGGACAUAUAUAAAAGCGGUGUUAACGAGGUUUGGGCCAAGUCUUCCCCCAGCAGCGCCUUCUACAGUAUAUACACAAGCCUCGUGGACGGUGAACAUGACCACUGUGACGACCACCACCUUCCUGCUGGGUGGCGGCGUGGCGGCCCUGGCAGGUGGGGCGGCCCUGGCGGGAGCUAUAGGUCUGGGACUGGCGGGCCUCGCGAAGAAGCUUGUCCUCAAUAAGGAAAAUGGCGGCGGUGGUUACGGUGGCGGCGGAAAAGGUGGAAAAGGCGGCGGCGGUGGAAAAGGUGGUGGGGGUGGAGGUGGAAAAGGUGGUGGUGGAGAUGGCCACGGUGGAAAAGGUGGUGGUGGCGGCUACAAACGACGUAGCAAGAGAAGCAACGGCAGCAGAAGCAGCAACAGCGGCAGCAGGAGACUACAAACACGAUCGGAGGAGGAGAGGACCUCCCUGGAGAAGCUGCUGCAGGUGAUCCGGGCCCAAGACGUGACGGGGUGUGGCCUGAGGUUCUUGUGUGACCUUGGUGGUGUGAGGGACGACCACCUCACUGACGAUGAACGAGCAAUUCUCAACCUGGUGGGACCAUCGGUGAGACCCGGGGAGGGACUACUACCCCCUGGGGCUACUGGGGACUACCUGGCAGCUAAGAGUCUGGGUGCAGCUGGCGGGGACUGUGGCCGAGCCUUCCCAGAGUGUCCCCUGGGUGGUACACAGCUCAUGGACCAGGUUAUGGCCUACCUACCCUAAUAAAUAAGUACUGGAACAAUGCUGCUUCUAGACCCGGGUGUAAUACGAGUCUCCACUUAAACCAUCGGUGAGUCUCUGUAAUCUCCUGAGUAUGAUGACUUAAACCCCUAAAUAACAAUAUCAUCGUACUGAAGGGGUUUAAACCAACGUUGAUAAUGUGCUUUACAGAAUCUAAUAAACACAAACUGAAGGGAACAUCAACAAACCAUUUAGCAUAAAGGAAGGUUAGUAGAAGUAGGUAUUUUAUAAUGAUUUCAAACAUCAUCCAUAACCCUUUGAGGACUGGUUUAACCCUUUGAGGACUGGUUUAACCCUUUGGGGGCAUUGGUUUAACCCUUUGGGGAUGAUUGCUUAACCCUUUCAAGACUAUGCUAUGUUUUAACCCUUUGAGGCCCAUAGUUUAACCCUUUGAGGACUGGUUUAACCCUUUGGGGGCAUUGGUUUAACCCUUUGGGGGCAUUGGUUUAACCCUUUGGAGAUGAUUGCUUAACCCUUUCAAGACUAUGCUAUGUUUUAACCCUUUGAGGCCCAUAGUUUAACCCUUUGAGAUCCAUGGUUUAACCCUUUGAGGUCCAUGGUUUAACCCUUUAGAGAAGAUGAUUUAACCCUCCAGGACUCGAAGGGUUAAGUUAACACUAAGAUUAAGAAAAGCUGUUCAGAAUAUGUGACAGUAAUCUUUCAUCUUUCCUAAAUAGCGUAAGCACCUAGUAAACAUUAGCUCAGCGACUGGUAGACUACGAGUGUUGGGUCUGGGUUGUGGACAGGUGUGUGUACAUUUGGUCGCCAACAUGAGAUUGACAAGACGAAAUUGGGCACAGGGAUCCGACUCUGGUGGUGUGUGGCCGUGUUCACUCGACCGGUGUUUCCUCUUGUUCACAUGUUGGCAAUAAAAUGUACGCACUUAUGGACGCACCUUGAGACGUGGUCAGGUGUGUUCAUUUACCUUUCACCUGUCGAGAAGAGGCCUUUUGUAUUGUUAGUUAAGUGUUUAGUGUAAUAUAUGUAUGUAAUGCUAGUUAACUAAUAUGUGUAUGUGAUGAUAGUUAACUAAUAUAUGUAUGUAAUAUGCUAGUUAACUAAUAUGUGUAUGUAAUAUGCUAGUUAACUAAUAUGUGUAUGUAAUGCUAGUUAACUAAUACAUGUAUGUAUUGCUAGUAAAGUCUUUUUGAUGGGUUGCUAUUAACUAUUUUCUGCAUGUAAUACUAGUUGUCUAUCUACCGCAUGUACUGUACUACUAAUUAAGAAUAUUGUAUUUUCAUGAAUUAGUUAAUUAUUUUGUCUAAUUAUGAAUCAUUAGUCGUAACAUUUUGUCCUAGGUGGCGCCAUCUGUAAACAAAAAAAGUGUACUAACUAAUGAUAGAAUAAAACACAUGACAAUAA